AUGGCAGAGCCAGAGGAUCACAUUGCUGUGGACCCCGAGUCCCUUUCUAUUGGUGACAAUUCGAACCCGGAAGAACUUCAGUCCGAAACGACCUCUCUCGCAUCCUCGAUAGCAAGAGGCCGCUUGGAAAAUGGCCGAAGAUAUCAAGCAAUGAAAGACGAUUAUUGGGGUCCAUCUGAUGAGCAGCAGUUCGAAGCCUUUGAGAUUGGUCAUAUACUACACCUCGUUCUCGAUAAUGACGAACCAAAUCCCCUAUUUCGAUCCCCUAUUGGUGACUCGCCUACGCAUAUAUUAGAUAUCGGAACCGGGAAGGGAAGUUGGGCUAUUGACGUCGCCGAUCUCUAUCCGUCAGCUAUCGUUCGUGGAGUUGAUUUGUUCCCCCCACCUGCGACCUGGAUGCCCCCAAACUGCAUCCUUGAAGUGGACGAUGUAGUUUCUGAAUGGACAUGGAAGGAGCCUUUUGACCUCAUCCAUAUGCGUUUGAUGGUCGGUGCAUUGACUCCCGAGGGAUGGGCUAAGCUCUACAAACAAGCCUACGAUGCUCUUAAGCCUGGAGGAUGGAUUGAGCAAGUGGAGUUAGAUGUCCGACUUUUUAGCGAUGAUAACAGUUUGUCAGAAGAUAGCCUUCUGGGAAAAUGGGGCGAUAUGUUUAUCGCAUGCUCUGAACGAGCCGGACGAUCUCUCAGGACCCAAGAAACUAUGCGGAAGGCGAUCGAGGAAGCUGGGUUCGUGGAUACUAACGAGAAGUUUUUCAAGGUCCCCCUGGGCGCCUGGGCUAAAGAUCAAACUCUGAAAGAGGUUGGUCGAAUCCAAUAUGCCCACUGGAACACUGCUCUUGAGGGCUGGGCGAUGUGGCUCCUCACUAAAUAUGGGGCACCGGAGCCAUGGACAAAAGAGGAAGUGGAUGAGUAUCUUGUUCGAGUACGCCAAGAGAUGAAAAAUCCGCGAUUGCAUGCUUAUGAACCCUAUCGCCGUGUAUGGGCUAGAAAGCCUACAGAGGAAGAAUUAAAAGCGAAGGAGACGUCCAAGUCCUAG